AUGCAACAUGCUGGGGUGUACAGCAGUUUUGCAGCAGCAACGGCGGCAGCAGCUUUGAAUGUAAGCAGCUCCAGUGAUUUUGGCAGCAGCAAUCUGAGUGGUGCCAUGAACGACCAGAGUAUUGCUGAGAUGGAAACAAGUUUGGAAACUUCGGCCAAUGGCCAGGGUGAAGGUGGUGGGGCGGGCAAUGUGGGCAGUAGUGGUAGUAGCAGCAACAGCAGCGUUAGUAGUGUUAGUAGCAGUGGGGUCACAACCACAGUUGCAACAACACCCCCACCAACAACAUCUGUUGCGGCGGCCCCUGAGAAUGUGGGGUCUGGUGGUGGUGGCGGCGGCAGUGGUGUUGCCGUUAAUUAUGGCCCAACAUUUUUUGGCAAUGAUUAUCAUCAUCAAUUAACCCAAUCCGCUUUAAUGGCCAAUUCGACGACAUAUGCCGCUGCGGCGGCUGCCUCCAGUACGGCCAUGCUAACAAAUUAUUGCGAUGCUGCCAUGAUGAUGGCCGCGGCAGCUGUUAAUGCCAAUCAGUGUCUGCAACAGCAACAACAGCGCAUUGCCUUAAUGGCCAACUGUCAGAGUGCAAUGGAUGAGCAUGAGUUUACAAGUUUUGCCAAAGAUGUUGUGGCCUCGGCCUUGUCAUCGGGUGGAUCGUCCUGUACCUCCAAUACCUCGGCCUCAACGUCAUCGUUGUUUUCCACAGUCACUGCAACGAAUAGAGAAAUGAAAAUAACAACAACAACGACAACGACAACAGCGGCCUUGUCACCGGGAGUUACAACAGCAACAACAACAACAACAAAAACUUCAAGAAAAUCCCCCUCACCUGGCAAAACCGUGCAUGCUGUAAGUAUUAAAGCCAAGGAAGAGUUGCUCAACACUACCACCAGCAGUACCAGCACCACCUCCAUAACCCUUGGCUCUGAAACGCCACCAAAUUUUAUCGAUAUCAGUGAAGUUCCUCUUAUUGUGGAUGUCAAGUAGUAGCGAAAAAAUUUUGAAUUUUCCUUAAUUUUUUUUCCAUAUAGGGUGUGAAAAUAAAAUAUUGAAAUUAAAAAAAAAAAAAUAAUUGAAAAAAAAAUACAAAAAAAAAAUUCUUAAAAAAAAUCUCAAAAUUUUUAAAAAAUAGCUAAAAAUUGUAAAAAGCAUAGAUGAAAUUUUUAUUUUCUCCAAAAAACUUUUGUAAAUAAUUUUUCAAUAAUUUAAUUUAUUUUUUAUAUUUAAAAAAUAUUUUUUAGGAAUCUCAAGGAAGUCAUUGUUUUAAUAUUUUUUUAUAAAUAUUUUUUUUUUUAUGAAGUUUCAAAGCCCAUUUUUCAAAAAAGCUCAAAAAAAGACUCAAUUAAAAAAAUGCAGGGAUAUUUUGAAGUGGGGGAGGGUAGAUCUCCAAAGAAUUCGAAUAUGAAAUUAAAAAAAUUUAACUUUAAAAAUUUCAAAUUUCCAAUUGUGGCAGGUUCCUGGAUCAUUUCCAAAUUGUAACUCCUCCCAACUUACAAUCCCAUAGUCUCAAAUUCUGAAUGCUCAAAUAUUUUUCAAAAUUUUUCAUUUUUAAAAUUUAAUUUUUUUAAAUUUUUUAAUUAAUUUUUUUUUUUAAAUUUAAAAAAAUAAUGUAUUUUUCAUGGCUUCAAAAUAAACAUAUCUUGGUUUUAAUUACUAAACAAAAAGACACAAAAAACAACAACAACAAGCAAGUCCCCUCAGUUAAAAAAAAAGAUACGUGUAACGUAUUGCAUUUGUUUUGUAGAUAUAAAUAAAUAAAAAAAACCAAAAUGUCCAAACUGUAUAAAAUAUAUAAUUUGUAAAAAUUAAAAAAAUUAAGAAAAAAUAUAUAAAUAUUUUAGUAUAAGUAAAUAUUCAAAACAAACAAA